ACUGUUUUGAAAUGGCUGGAAUUAUUAAAAAACAGAUUCUGAAACAUUUAUCCAGGUUCACCAAGAAUCUCUCUCCAGAUAAGAUCAACCUGAGCACGCUGAAGGGAGAAGGUCAGCUCUCCAACCUGGAGCUGGAUGAGGAGGUUCUGCAGAACAUGCUGGAUCUGCCCACCUGGCUCUCCAUCACUCGGGUGUACUGCAACAAAGCCGCCAUCCGUAUCCAGUGGACCAAGCUGAAGACGAGCCCCAUAUGCCUGUUCCUGGAUAAAGUGGAAGUGGAAAUGAUGACGUGUGAGGAGCCACGCCCUCCUAACGGUCCCUCCCCCAUUGCCAUCACUGCAGGUCAAAGUGAGUACGGCUUUGCUGAGAAGGUGGUGGAGGGGAUGUCGGUGAUUAUUAACGCUGUGAUUAUUAAAGUCACGUCCCGAGCGUUUCACGCCUCCUUCGAGCUCUGGCAGUUACAGGGGUGCAGCCUGAACCCAAAGUGGCAGAGGAGCGACCUCAGAUACACCCGCAUCACACACCCCAAACGGGGAGAGGUUCUGACCUUUAAGGAGAUUAACUGGCAGAGUUUGCGGAUCGAGGCGGACGCUAUAGAGAGUGAGGAUCAGGAUUUGGGGAACACUCCGCUACGCCUCAUUACCAACCAGGGUCGCCUCCGCAUCGCCCUCAAACGCAGAGUGAAGGACUGUAAUGUUCUAGCCUCGAAGCUGCUCUUCAUCCUGGAUGAUCUGCUGUGGGUUCUGACCGACUCUCAGCUCAAAGCUGUGAUCCACUACGCUAAAUCUCUGAGUGAAGCCAUGGACAAGUCAGCGCAGCAGAGGAAGAACAUGGAGACUGCUCCUCUUUCACCUGGACCCCGGCCACUGGGGGCAGAGCCUCCCCCGGCUCCUGUGACGACCCCCAGCACUCUGGCGCAGUAUUUUGACCUUUAUGAUGUAAAAGAGUCGUCAUAUCACAUGUUCAUCUCACGCCUGGACCUGCACAUCUGUAACGAUUCAUCAUCAGAGCCAGUUGAUUGUCCUGUUCCAGGUUCCCAGGGUGCAAUGCAGCUGACCUUCCGUAAACUGGGAUUUGAUUAUUACCCCUUCCACAGACCAGGUGACGGCUGCAGACACUGGGAGCGUCACUGCUCCUCUCUGGACUCUGGAUCUCAGUGGGCUUCCAAACUUCUGCAGGACUUCCAGAAGAACCUGGAGAGCUCUGGAUUCCCUGAACCUCCAUCUGAACCUGGUGGUUCCAGCAUGAACUCCACCAGCAGAACCAACCCUGAUGGAGAUUCGGGGGUGAAGGUUCCUCCUGAUCCUGAUGGAUCUGCUUUAAAGAAACUGCGCUCCAGCUGCAUGGUGGUCAGGGUGGAUGAUCUGGAUAUACACCAGGUGUCCACAGGGGGGCGCAAGAGUAAGAAGACCCAGUCUCUCCUGUGCUGUAACCGUAAAUCUCUGAGUAUGGCGGAGAACAUACCAGCGAUCCACCUCCAGUUUACUGAGUAUUACUUUCCCCACAGCACCGGAAUACCUGCACCCAGUUCGAGUCUGUACGGGCAGCUGAACGGGCUGCAGCUGUGUGUGGAUGCUGCGAGUGUGUUGUGGAUGUGUGUGUUCUGUCGGGGGUUGAUUAGCACGCUGGAGCAGGUCAAAGCUUUCUAUCACCUGCAGGACAGCAGCAGGAGCGACGAGAUCCUGGACAUCAGAGUGGACGCUACGCAGCUCAAGCUGAUCGUUCCUCUGGACUCGUCGAUUUUGGAUCACCCGGACCGCCCCCGUUCUCUGAGCUUCUCCCUGUCUCAGGCGUUCCUGAGUAACACCCGUCACUCUCCUCACUCCUCACUGUCUGAUCUUUACUCCUGCUUCUCCUCUCGACCUUUCUUCUGUCCUGCACCCAGCACUGCGUUUCCUCGUGACAGGAACAUCUUCCAUCCUCUUCCUCCAGGUGUCCAGAAUCCUGAUCCCUCCCCCCGCUCCUCCCGGGACGUCUGGAGUCUGAGCGUGUCCCGGGCUGCAGGGAGUUUCGACGGUGCUCAGCGGGGAGGAAAGACGUUUCUUGAACCGUGUGCAGUGUGUGUGUGGAUGUUCCGACCGAACGCCUUAACGAGCUCGUUACAUCAGGACUCGGAUACCUCGUCUGAAAAACUGUCCAAUCAGAGCGCAGCUCCUGUAGCAGCUUUUCACUUCCUGGUUCAGUCCAUCACACCCAUUCGUAUGUGGUUGAAUCAUUACCAGUACGUGGCGCUGCUCCGGAUGAAGGAUUACCUCGCCAGGUUAGGCGCCGAUCUCGGUCACGUCCAGGGCUCAGACGCCAGCCCGGCGUCUCCGCCCGCGGUGUGUGUGUGUGCACUCAUGGAGGCGCUGGAGGUCGGGUUACUGUUCCCACCCGUCACGGAGCCGGACGAGGCACCAGAGGAUUCGGACACACAGAGUGUGAGUGGAUCCAGUCCCUCUCCGGCCCAUCGGAACAGUGGAAGCGUGGAGGAUCAACACGCUGAUGAAGCGGAGGGGGAGGGGUCUGUAGAGGAAGCGUAUGAAGCUGUAGAAGAGGGACCGGACGAUAACCAAUCCCAUGUCUCCGCACCGGUCAGCGAUCCGACCCCCGCUCUUUCGCCUGCCGAUCAGAACACUUCCACUGUCAGCCUGGAGGGGGAGCUCUCUAAUGCACUAACUGCUACUAAAGAUGUCACCAAAGAUGCACUGAGCGCCUCUCUGGGCCUCACCAAGGGGGCGCUGUCCAUCACUAAAGAUGCUCUGAGCGUGCUGAGCCGGGGAUCGGCCAUGAUCUUCAACACCCAGAACAAGGAGCUGGAUGACCCCUCGCUGCGUCUGCAACCCCUGAAACACUCGUCUUCCCAAAAUUCCUGUGACAGCGUUGUCAUGGAGACCAGCACCACUGAUGACGGCCUGUCAUUGGACAGCGACACCAGCGAGAACUUCAUCAUCCUUCCGGACUCGGACUCGUCUCGUCCUAACGGGACUCCGGUUCACUCUGUGAGGACUGAUGGAGGAUCAUCAGCUGAUCUGAGCAGCUCUGUGUCCCACAGUACUGAGGAACUAUCAGACCAGACGGUGUGUGUGUUGGUGCUCUCUCUGCGAGGUGUGAGCUCAGUGAUGGAGCUCCAGGAGGAGAAGGUUGUCAUGGCGACAGAGGUUCAGUCUCUCACACCAAAACAACUGGGGAACCAGAAGCUCCUGGACCUGCCAGCACUAGCACAUGGUGUUCCCUCCGCCCCGGUGUCACCUCGCUCUCGCCCCCCGGUGGUGUGUAUGCGGGUGGAGGCGGGGACGGGGGCGGAGAGUUCGGGGAUGGUGGAGGUGAGGGUGAGGGGGUGUGAGGCGGAGCUGCUCUCCUCCACGCUGGGAGCGAUCGGUCCGUUCGUGGAGGACGAGCUGAGCGUGGAUCCUCAGCCAAUCAGAAUCAGCGUCCACAACAGCAGCAUCACACUGAAGGAUGAUGGACCCCGUGUGUACCCCACCGCACCCCAGUCGGUUCCUGUCUCCUUUCUUCUCGAUGGUGUGGUUUUGGAGCGCCUGGAUGAUACUGUCCUCACACUCAGACCCACUGCCAGCCAAUCAGAGGACAGAGCCUGCUGUGCACCUGAAGAACAGGACAAGAUCAGGUCCCUGCAGGCCGAGCUCUCUGACGUCCAGUCGUCUCUGUCUGCUGCUCUGACGGAGCGAGAGCGCCUCCUACAGGAGAUACACAAGUACGACCCCACCUUCACCCUCUGACCCCGGUCGUACCUCAGCUCCCUGUAUCAGUGAGGAUUAACGUCAGGAGCAUCGUCCACUGCUUCCUCCUCCUCAUCUUCAUCAUCCUGUACUGAAGAGCCACUACAGUCCUCCUCACCUCACUGCUUCUCCUCAUCAGAUCCCUGUAGGUGUGUUAGAGAAUCCUGUACUCACUUAAUAGGCUGCUGUUCAUCUGCAACACUGCAGUGGUACGAGUGUGUGAGUGUGUUACGAGUGUGUUACAAGAGUGUGUUAUGAGUGUGUGUUACAGGUGUGUAAUUAGUGUGAUACAUGUGUGUGUUACAUUAGUUAGUGUGAUACAUGUGUGUGUGUGUUAUGUGUGUGUAAUGAGGGUGUGUUACAUGUAUGCUGUGAGUGUGUUACAUGUGAGUGUUAUGAGUGUGUGUUACAUGUUAACAUUAAAGUGUGUGUUACACAGAAACAUUAAAGCUCGUCUGAGCCAAUCAGAUUGAUGGAUGAGUAACAGAAUCAGAUUGGUUCUUUACCUGCUUACAGUAGAGAUGAAGAACUUCCCUAAACUGGUGCUUCAGUAAAACUCUCUCAGGAUCCUGUCCGGAUGGGUCGAGCUCAGCUGGAUCUGUAACUACAGUUCAGCCUGGCUCCCCCCACAGACCCUCAGAGCCACACCCUGUUAAACCCUGGGGGAGCAGUAGUGCACUAAUCUCACUCACUAUGUAGUGCUUUAGGAUGCGAUUUGGAACGCAGAUCAUUUCAGUCUCAGUGCAUUUCAGGUUUGGUUCCUCCAGUAGAACCUGCUCGGUUCUGCUCGAUCAUCAGUCCUGUAGUGUGUGUCUGUGUGUGUGUGUGUGUGUGUGUGUGUGUGUGUGUGUGUGUGUGUGUGUGACGUUCACACCCCGGCGUGUAUCUGAAGCUCUGAUGUAAAAGUCUUCCACGCUGCUGCAUGUAAAAAAAAAAUCAUUUAAUUCUUGAAUCAGGAUUUUUCAGCUCGUUCUUCUGAGUAAACGUUUUAAUUCAAGACGUCUGGAGAUCCACCAAGUUCUCACGUCUGUAAAAAGAACCUCUCAGACCUGCAGAACUUCUGUUGUUUUUUUAACCAGAGAUUUGAUUAGAACCAGGAGCUUCAGGGUCGCGUCACACUCAGCGUGUUCCUUGUGGUUGGAGUUGCACGUUUGUCGUCAGUAUUAAUAAAGUUUUUAUUUUGUAUUUUUUUAUUUAAAAUGUUUCAUUUUAUUUAUUUAGAUUUUAUAGAGAAAUGAACUUUGUUUAAUGUGGGUUUAUUAAUAUUUAAUGUCAGUUCUGGUGUGUGUGUGUGUGUGUGUGUGUGUGUGUGUGUGUGUGUGUGUGAAGAGAAGAACGAGCCAAUAAAAUCAUCUGGUUUUAAUCA